AUGGCCUCCUCUACUCCGAAGCCCACAAACAGUCUCUUGUACAAAAACUUUCAAAAGCACCCUGCAGCUCUCAUCGAGUCCACCGAGGGCAUUUUCCUCAACACGAGCGAUGGCCGUCGUAUCCUCGACGCGACCAGCGGUGCGGCCGUCGCCUGUCUAGGCUACAACAACAAGGAUGUUCAACAGGCCGUUGUUGAGCAGCUGGUCAACGUUCCGUACUGCCAUCCUGGGUUCUACAAGACCAAGGCAGCCGAGGAUCUUGCCGAUUUCCUGGUCGAGUCGACAAAUGGGUUGAUGUCUAAGGCGGUCUUGUGCGGGUCAGGCUCUGAAGCAGUUGAGGUUGCCCUCAAACUGGCCAAAACUCACUUCUCGCACCUCGCCAUUCCUCAGCCAGAGCGAAGCCACUUCAUCGCCCGAGUGGGCGCAUGGCACGGCGCAACUUUGGGUGCCCUGACCCUAGGCGAUUUCAAAGUCCGCAAGGACCCGUUCGUGCAGUUGAUCUCACAAAACUCAUCCCAGGUAUCAGCUUGCAGCGAAUACCGCGGCCGAAAGGAGGGUGAAGACGAUGAGGCUGGCUUGACUAACAUCGGGAAGGCAAGUGGGUGCGCCAUGCCGAUCAAAGGCUAUUUCCCAGCCAUGAAAGCCGUUUGCGAAAAGUACAACGCCCUUCUCAUCCUCGACGAAGUCAUGUGUGGUAUGGGUCGCACAGGUACCCUUCACGCAUGGGAGCAGGAAGACGUUGUCCCUGAUAUCCUCGUCGUCGGAAAGGGCCUUGGCGCUGGAUACGCACCUGUCUCAGCUGUCAUGCUCAACGCCAAACUCGUCGAGUCGUUCCAGAAGUCCGGCAAAGGCUUCGCUCACGGACAGACAUACAUGGCCCAUCCUCAGGCAGCGGCAGCAGGCCUCAAGGUCCAACAGAUCAUCCGCGACGAGAACUUGCUGGCACACGUUCAGACCAUGGGCGAGUAUCUCGGGUCGCGGCUCAAGGAACGUUUCCUUCCGAUGCCAUUCGUCGGCGACAUUCGAGGAAGGGGUCUUUUCUGGGCCAUCGAGUUCGUCACCGACAAAAAGACCAAGAUGCCGUUCCCCUACAGCCUGGGUCUGAACAGCACGCUUCACUCUCGUGGAAUGAGCGCAGGCUAUGAGAUUGCCCUGUUCAACGCCAACGGUGGCUACGAUGGAUACAGCGGUGACCAUUUCCUCAUCUGCCCGCCUUUUAUCGUGACCAAGGCUGAUGUCGAUGACAUUGUUGAGCGAACUGCGCGGGUUGUUGAGGAUACUUUUGCUGAGCUGGUCAAUUCUGCUGUUUGGGAGAAGGUUACUCUGCAGAUGGGGAUUGACAAUAAGUGUGAGGUGAAUGCAGUGAAUGCGCCUCCUGCCGUUGGUGUGGCUGCUCAGUGAGUUGUCACAAAAUGGGGUUCGGGAUCCGAAAGCUAUAGAAUUUUCUUCAAAUCGUUUAUGUAUGUUUCAGACGUUGAAUAAUAUUGAGUUUCCUGU